UACAACGGCACAGUUGAGGAGCCCGAGUGACGGAAAGAAAGAAGAGCGCGCGCGUUGAGAUUGUACACUUGGGUAUUUUUUCGCAAAAAAAUCAGUUGGAGCAAUUGCGGUGGAAGGAUCCUUGUCCGGUGUUUUUUUGCGUGUGGAAUCGUGUGCUGUGUCCUGUGCAGGAAUAAAGCGCGGGGUAAGAAAGUGAUGAGGAGAGACAGUUGCUGUAAAUAAAGAAGGUCCUGUGCUGUGGACUCCCCGCAGAAGCAAGAAAAGCACACGGGCGUGUGAAAAAAGGCUGAAUUGAGGAGAGUUUGUGCGGCCGCGGAUUCGUGGAGUUUCUGUGUGCGGGAAAAAAGGGAAAAAUUGCACGACGGGCCAGAAGUUGAGAGGGCAAGGAGGAGGAAACGCGCUCUCGACAAAGGCGGCUCUGAGCUGGAAAGUUGAGAGUAAUAUUCGGGGCAGAGGAAGUGUCUGUGCGUUGUAUGUGUGGUAGUGUGUGCCAUUCUCAGGGGGGGAGGUGAAGAGAUAGAAGAGUGAGAGAGAAUUUUUCGGGGUCUGUGCCACGGCGGAGUCGAGAGUGUGAGCGCCCAAGGGAGCGGAGCCCAGAGAUACCGAGACGCGCAUCAUGUCGGAGCACCAUCGGGGUGCUUGGGGCGCGCGCGAGGAGGCUGUGUGGUGGCCAGGGGCGAUAGCGUCCACGGACCAGCAGACGCUGCAGCAGCACCAUCAGCAUCUGAUCAAUCAGCACCACCAGCAGCAAUUGGCGCAGCAGCAGGCGCAGAUUCAGCAACAGCACCAGCAGGCCGUGCAGCAGCCGCAGCAGCAGGUCCACAGUGAGUCACGUGGACAGCAGAGCACGGCCUCGGUGGUGCCCACCCAGCAGCUCUUCUCGUACAAGAUGGCCAGCAGCUUCCAGAAUCCCGCUACCACAAUCUCAGGCACCACAGUGGUCACGAGCAAUUCGCCCGUGGGCGCCUACGACUACCGCCUCAUGGGCGGCAUGGUGGCCAGGCCUGGCGAUCCGCAGCCCAUGACAGCCACGCCGGGCACGCAAUGGUGGUAUCCGGGCGGCCAGAACAUUGACAAUGCUCUGCAGCAGCACCAGAAUCAGCAGCACCAACAGAAUCUGCACAAUGUCCACACACCACCACCAUCGAAUCAGCACAUUCAGACGCAGAAUAAUCAGCAGGCUCAUCAAAACCAAAACAAUCAACAAAUACAAAUCCAUACGCAAAACGCAAAGAUGCCGCGAGGUGGGAAAGUUGACGCCAAGCCACGAGGACGCAUGACGGCGUAUGCCUUCUUUGUACAAACAUGCCGCGAGGAGCACAAGAAGAAGCACCCCGAGGAGACUGUCAUCUUUGCUGAAUUCUCACGGAAGUGCGCCGAGAGGUGGAAGACAAUGCUGGACAAGGAGAAGAAGCGAUUCCACGAGAUGGCGGAGAAGGAUAAGAAGCGCUACGAUCUUGAGAUGCAGAACUACGUUCCGCCCAAGGGCACGGUUGUGGGCCGUGGGAAGAAGAGGAAGCAAAUUAAGGAUCCCAACGCACCCAAGAGAUCACUGUCGGCUUUCUUCUGGUUCUGCAAUGACGAGCGCAUGAAGGUGAAGGCUCUCAAUCCCGAGUACGGCGUGGGAGACAUCGCCAAAGAGCUGGGCCGCAAGUGGUCAGACGCCGAUCCCGAGGUGAAGUCCAAGUACGAGGCUAUGGCUGAGAAGGACAAGGCACGAUACGAGCGGGAAAUGACGGAGUACAAGAAGAAGAGCAAAGGCGGAAUGCAGCCUGUUCAGCCUGUCCAGCCGGUGCAUGAGGACGAUGAUGAUGACGACGAUGACGCCGAUGACGAUGAGAAUGAGUAAAUUUGUGGACGUUUGUGUCUCAAGGAGAGGAUUCUGUGGGGCAAUUGACGGAAGCGAGGAGUGAGAAGGAGUGAAGGAGUUGAAUUGACGGUUAGAAGGAUAGUUCUUAAGGAUGAAUUGAGUGGAGAAUCUUUCGAUUAUGGAAUUACACCGCAGUGAAGAUUGAAGAAGAAGAGGAAGAAGUAGAGAAAAAAGAUAUAAAUAUACAUUUUUUGUAUAUUUCCCAUAAAGAGAUGGAGUUUGACGAAAGGAGAAAGGAAGAACGAAAGGAAGUUCGAGGAAGGAAGGAUGAAGAAAAACCUUACACAAUUGACUUAGCGUAGUGGCAAUUGAUGAAUAAGUGAGUGUGAAGAGAAAUAUACAAAGAAAACGUGUUUUUUCUAUAAAUAUUAACAAUGAAGAAGAAAAAAAAAUGAAUAUAUAUAUUGAUUAAGGAAGAAAAGAAAAGGAGAAAAAUUUCUAGGUAUAAAAAUGUGAAGAUGUGAGUGGAGAAAUAUCUUACAAAGUAUCUUUAAGUUGAUGAUAAUGAAUGGCGAGGAGAAAAGGAAGAAAGAGAAGGUCAAAAAAUUAAGGAAAAAAAACCACACAAAAAGUAAAACACUUGAAGUAAUGGUAAGUCCUGAUUUUCUCUGUAUUUUUUUUUCAUUUGUGAAUUAUAUAUGUUUUUACUAUAUGUUUUUUUUUGUAUUCUUAGGGCUUUUUUUAAGUGUAGAAGUAGAUGAAAAAAAAAAGUUAUUCUCUCAAUAUUUAUGUUAAGGGCUGAAACUUUGAGGAGUUUUCAUUAUGAAAAUUCAUUUUAGAAUUAAUUAUAUUGCCUUAUUUUUUUUUUUACUUUUUAAGUUAACUCUCAUAUUUUCUCUCGGAUUUACUUACUGCGCAUAUAUAUUUUGUAUUUUUUAGUUUCUACUGAAUAUAUACAUAAAAAAAAGAGAAGAAGAAGAAAAAUAGGAAUAGUCGAUGAGUUUGAAAGCGAAGGAGAAGAGAAAACCUGCGCGCCUCCGGACGCUGGAGAAGGUGGCUUUUUCGGUGUUUCCGGGUGGCGCUCGCGAGGAAACCAACAAAAAUAUUACUCACUAGAUAAUAAUUGAUUAUUAAUAGUAAAAGAAGAAGGAGAAAGGAAGAAAAAAAGGAGAAGAAAGAAGGAGUCUUUUAAUUGAAAAAAAAAUAUGCAUAAAAAAAUGGUAUCUUAAUGUAUAUAAUAAUUCUGAAGUAAUCAAUGUUAAGAGUGACAAAAUGGAUGGAGGGUUAGAAUCUUAGGAGCGUGGGUGGAAGAGAGUUCACCCUUCAGGCAUCUUUGUACAUAGAAUAUAGGCGAAAAUGAUGAAGUGCGCGCGUGGAGAAAGAAUUCUGUCUCUUGUUGCUCACUUCUUGCUCAAAUUGCGUGGCGUGGUGUUUUGUGACAGGAGCACUUCGCCAUGCUGAAGAAGGAUGCGCCAAAGGAUCGUUUUGACAGAGGCGAAGCGUGUGAGGAUUGACGAAUUGAUAAUCAAAAGAGCACAGAGAGAAGAAAGUGAGCGAGAACAAUGCUUUUGGCCAUGCUGGAGCAAGAGAAAAGGCAUCAAGAGAUAAGAAACUUUCGACUAGGAGUUCAAUUGUGAAAAAUUGAAGAAGGCGAAAGAGGAGGAAAAGGAGGAAAUUCACUGUUGAAGUGGAGUGAAGUUUUAAAUGCAUAAAACUGAGCCAUAUUGUAAGGUCACGAAGAAGAUGAUGAUAGGAUUUUUUCGGGUGAAGAACGCGAAGACGAAGAAGUUGAGGAAAAACAUAAGUGAAAAAAACCUGUAGUUUAUUGUAUUUGUGAAAACCACACACAAAACACACACACACACAUGAAGAAGAGAAGAUAAUUAUAAUGGACAAGAAGAAGAAAAGUCUACAAGUAAAGAAAAAAAAAGAAGUAAAUAAAUAAGAAUUACCGCUGACUGUAAAUACAGAACAAGAAUUGAAUUAAAAUAGUAAAGGCAGAAAAUAUAAAACUCAAGAGAAACGGAAAAAAGGGGAUGAAAAGAGCGAAAAGAAAGUAAAUUUUUUUCUUUGAUUUUUUGAUAAAAUAUCCUUUACAGUAAAAGAAAAAAAAGAACAAUACUUAAUGAUCUAUAAUUUUUGUGUUUUCUAGUUUUUCACACACACACAAUUGUCCUGAAAGUAUGAAAUUUUUGUGUUUUUCGGUGUAACAAAAACGAGAAAAAAAAUGAUGGAAAAAGGAUAAAAAAGGUUUUAAGAAGAAAAUAAUAGCGUUGAAAUAAAAUGGAAACAAGAGUGCGAGAGCGCGAAAGUAUGUUUGAGCUCUCAUGAGAAGAACCAAAAGUACAACCGUUGCAAGUAUUUUUGUGUUAUUUAAUUGUUAUUGUUGUUUAAAUUAACAAAUCGCGCCUUUUACAGCCUUUUUUUGCAAAUCUCAGAACACAAUCGCACGUAAUAGGAAAGAAAAGUGAAACAGCUCGAAAGAAGGAAAAGGAAAAGUGAAAGAAAUUAAUCUGUUUAUUCUUCCCUGAUUUUGUGUCGACAAAAGAAAA